GUCGUUCGCCUGCUUUUUGCUUUCAAACUUUUAUUGUGAAAUAUUACUGGAAACAUGAACAGCCAGAGUUCUUAUUUAACUUUGCUAACAGUAAUGUCAGUAACCGAGCUUAGUGUUAUAUUUACAUUUUUCUAAUAACUGGUUGCUUGUUUCUCCAGGUUUGGGAUGAUCCUACGAUCGAGGACUUUUUCUGUCCUGAGGACAUUGAUGGGCCUCUGGAUGUCCCUCAAGAUGCUCCUUUCCUGCCCACAGAUAGCGUCCCUCCCAUGGUCCCUCCCUACACAGAUGCUCCUCCCACCUGCACUGACCCUCCCCCAAUCCUGCUCUGCCACCAUGUGUCGUCCCCGCCAUCACUGUCACUCCCCCCGUCACUCCCUCUCCAUCAGUCAGCAGCGUCCGUCCCCGCACUCCUUCCCCGCCCAAAGCUCACAUUAAAAAAAACCCAAACUCUUUCAUGUUGUUUCUUCAGUAGCAGCGCCCCCUUGAGGUUGCGCAGUAUGGCAUCACAGACUGCUGCUGUGAACAAGAUUCUGGGACAGAUGUGGAAAUUCCUCUCUGAAACAGAGAAAGAAAAAUAUCACCGACAGCAGAGAGAGGAGAGCGACCGGGACUACGCACUGCACGCAGAGUGGAGGCCCACCAAGACUGCCAAAAAGAGAAAGUCUGACAGUCAGACGGGGACUGAAGGUGAGACUUUUGAUUAAAUAUUUCCCCAAAAGACUUUAAAGAAACACAGCAGCCUUUUCAAAU